GGAGCAGGGAAAGAUGUCACUGUGUUGGAUACAAGACAGUACUGUAAAUACAAGAUUUACACAAUUCGGUAAAAUUGGCUAAAAGCGCUCAGAUAUGAGCUGUUAAUAACACAGUGCUGUUUGUUUUGAGUCGCUAUGGAAGAAAGGGACCUGACCCAAGCUUUAAGAAAUCAAGGGAAGAACAAGAUGCCAUGUUCUACAUCCAGCACAGAAUAAGCAACUGCACAUCUAAGCAGAACGACCCAGACCAGGUACUGUCAUGGCAGCAGUUGUUUCUUUACAGAAUGAAAUAAAUUACUCACCAAUAGUAGUAAAUAGUUGGGGAUAUAAUCCAGAAAUGGAAUCAGCCAUUACAAGAAGACCAACUGCAAAAUAUACAAAAGUUGGAGAGAGACUGCGACAUGUCAUCCCAGGUCACAUGCAGUGUUCAAUGGCAUGUGGAGGCCGUGCCUGCAAGUAUGAAAAUCCAUCGAGAUGGAGUGACGAGGAACAAGCAAUCAAAGGACUCUAUUCUUCAUGGAUUACUGAUAAUUUACUGGCAAUGGCACGGCCUUCCACUGAAAUUAUUGAAAAGUACAACAUAAUUAAACAGUUUCAAAGGUAUGAUGUAAAGACCAUAAUUAAUCUACAGCGCCCUGGAGAGCAUGCAAGCUGUGGGAACUCACUGGAACAAGAGAGUGGCUUCACCUACCAGCCAGAGACAUUUAUGGAUGCUGGAAUUUAUUUUUAUAAUUUUGGAUGGAAGGACUAUGGUGUGGCUUCACUUACUACUAUCCUUGAUAUGGUAAAAGUCAUGUCAUUUGCAAUACAAGAGGGGAAAUUAGCAAUUCAUUGUCAUGCAGGACUUGGAAGAACAGGGGUUUUGUUAGCCUGUUAUUUAGUAUUUGCAGUAAGAAUGACUGCAGACCAAGCCAUUCUGUUUGUAAGGGCUAAAAGACCCAAUUCAAUUCAGACCCGAGGUCAGCUUUUGUGUGUACGGGAGUUUGCCCAGUUUUUGAUUCCAUUAAGAAACGUCUUUGCCUGUGCAGAACCCAAAGCAAAUGCUGUAACUCUGUCUCAGUAUUUGAUCCGCCAGCGUCACCUUUUGCACGGCUACGAGGCCCGACAGCUGAAAAACGUGCCAAAAAUUGUUCAACUCAUUUGCAAGUUACUGCUGGACAUUGCUGAGAACAGACAAGUUAUAGAAGAAGAGGUUUUAGAGAUUCCAGACCUUUCAGCAGAGAUAGAGAAAACAGUCUCGCAGCUGGCUAUCCUGCAGCUGGACAAAGAAUUACACGGAAAGGGUGUUGAGGUAUCCAAAAUGCCCAAAGCAGAAUUUGUACCUAGCGACUCUGUACUUCCCAGUGAAAAUGAAUUUGAUCCUCUUUGGAAAAGGCGUAAUGCUGAAUGUCUCCAGCCAUUAUCUUAUCUGAAAAAGCGCCUUAGUUACAGUGACUCUGAUCUGAGGAGGGCAGAAUUCCUUCUGGAGCACAGCUGUCCUCCUCUGACCAUGCCUGCAGGGAUGUUGUGCCCCAAUUCCCUCAAUAAACAAUGUUUGUCUCAGAACAACUUGCAAUCUUGUAUAGUAACAGAGCCUUCAAAACCAAACUUUUCCACUCUCUUUGAUACAUUGCAAUCAGGCAACAGCAAACAAGAUCAUUUUUGUUUAACAACAUCAAGUGUUUGGGACCAGAAAAAAGUAAUUAGCACAAUAGAGCAAAAUGGAUCUCCACUUUUCCAAAGGAGAAAACAUCCAAAAGAAGUGCAGCGCAGCAGAACUUUCUCCCUUGGGUCCUCAUCAGUAAAAACUAGCAACCAGCCGGAGAGACCUCGAAAAAAUACCAGGAGUGAGGCACAGUUGGACAGUGGAGGUGAUAAACAGAAAGAAUCUUCUGUUAAUGGCAAAAAUGUGUUACAGAGUAACAAUAGCUCCCAAUCCCCAUUAACAGAAGCUCCCACAUCUUCAAAAACUGUCUUUCAUAUUGGAGAAGAAGAUACUAAUAGGUCAGAGGAGAUCCCAUUUAUUACUUUACAAUCUGAGCUAACUCUUGAAUCCAGAAGGGUGUUGGUAGCAGAAGCACUUGCAGUUGACUUGGACUGUGAUGGGGAUGCAGAACUCAUAGAAAAAGUUGAAAGUUGGCAGAGGGAACUUAAUUCAAGAGAAGGAGCCUGGGACAGAAUAUGCACAGAAAGAGAUCCCUUUGUACUGUCUGGCCUUAUGUGGUCCUGGCUGGAGCAACUGAAGGAGCCAGUCAUAACCAAAGAAGAUAUUCAAAGUUUAGUACAAAAAUGUGAUAAUCCGGAUGAGGCCAUUUACACACUGGAAAAGGGACCACAGCAAACCAUUGUUUCUAUUGUAGACUGUGUAGCACAUUUACAUUCGAUACCAGAGGAUGUGGAUGAGGCUUUUCUUGCACGUAUUACAAAAGCUUUUACCAAGAUUACAUUUGAUGCGGCUGAUGGACCAAUGGUAUACAGCACCCUAAAAGCUAUUUUAAGGCCAGUCCUGCAUGAGAAGAGAAGAAGAGCCAUAGAAGAAGCAGAAAACUCCUGCCAUUGUUUAUAUUGUCCCUAAGUCAGACUCCUGGGCUUGUCUGUAUUUAAUAUGUUGGUGGUCACAGGUUUGGAAAUGGAACGAAUACAGAUAACAAAGUGAAUUAUAAACCCAGAAGAUGGAAUCAGUGCUUUGCUGCUAUUUGGUGAUUUGCUUGUAUUUUAUUUUGUUGUAAAAAGAAAGACAAGAUGUGUUUUCACAUCUGAACUAAUUGUUGUUGUUUUUAAAAACGUUUUUUUCUUCAUAAACUGCCAUAUUGACAAGUGUCAUGUUGCAAUGCUAAACGAUGUUUGUUUAUUUUUGAAUAUACUGUAAUUUAGUGUUUACAGUAAUUUUGGUACAUUCUGUUCAUUGUUGAAAUGUAAUGUUUUUAUUAUCUAGAUGUAUUUAAUAAUCUAUUUUUUGGUAUGUUGUCUCUGUGUUAAAUAUUUGGCAAAUGGAAGUCAUGGAAUUGCAGCAGUGACUCAAUAUAAAAAAGUUGUUUUGAUAAAAUAAAAAAGAUCAACAAUUUGAUGAACCUUCUUCAAACUGGUCAUGUAACUAAGAAAGCUAAAUAUUUUUACCGACCAUUUAAAAAAUAUAUUUUUAGCCAUAUUGGUACACAUUUUAAACAGGUCAUCAUUCGUAGAAGCAUUUCAAUUGACCUGCAUAGUCUUGAAAAUAAGCUAUUCAAAUCUGUUUUAGCAACAUUCAACAUUAGUAAAUGAUGCAAUGUACUGUACUUCUCAGCUGUAUAGAUUGUAAAUAAUUGUAAGUUAUCCCACAUACUCAAGUGUUCAGGAAAUGGCAUGGUUCUAAGUACCUGAUAUAUGGCUUUAUAUAUAUAGACACACACA